AUGUGUUUUGCCCGAGACUCUUUGUUCAACCAAUAGCCCAUCUUCAAUUUGAAAGAGUUGAUUUCCAAGCGCUCCAGCCCUAUUUCUUGCUUCUUCCUACUCAAAAAUGUCAAGUAGGCGCCGAGUACAAAAGUCACAGAUCAGCGUUCCAGCUUAAGCUCAGCUUCAAUGGCUGCAUCUGUGUCACCAAUAACCUUAACGUUGCCUAUCAGAAAACCCCAUGUCAAAACCCCAUCAAAAAAGCUUGUUUCUAACGCACUCAGCACUACUAAUUAUCAAGCAUUUUUCAAGUCAAACCCUUUUUUCACAUUACAGAACUCUCACUCUCACCACGUGGGUCAUUUUGUUUCGUCGUACGUUCGCGCAAGAUCUUCUUCAUCAGAUGGGUUUCUUGAUAUUACAACUCAAGACGAAAAGAUUUUGCCUUUUUCCGACGAAAAGCCUGGGAAAUAUCUCUUAUGGGUAAUCUUCUGGGCUUCUUUAUCUCUUGUUUGGUUCGCUACAUCUGGUGAUGCUAAUGCUGCCAUUUUUGGUGCUGACUCCAUUAGAGCUUCUGGUUUUGGCCUCAAGAUCGCCACUGCUUUAAGGAGCUCUGGCUGUCCUGAUGAGGCUGUGGUGUUUGCUCUCGCUGCGCUUCCUAUAAUUGAGCUUCGUGGGGCUAUUCCUGUUGGUUACUGGUUGCAACUCCACCCGCUGUUGCUAACUGUGCUAUCUGUUCUUGGGAACAUGGUCCCUGUGCCAUUUAUUAUACUUUAUUUGAAGAGAUUUGCUUCAUUCCUAGCUGGAAACAACCUGUCUGCUUCUAGGUUCCUUGAUUUGCUAUUUAAGAGGGCUAAGGAGAAGGCUGGUCCGGUGGAAGAGUUUCAGUGGCUUGGGCUUAUGCUUUUUGUGGCUGUGCCAUUCCCUGGAACAGGAGCAUGGACAGGAGCCAUCAUCGCGUCAAUUCUUGACAUGCCAUUCUGGUCAGGCCUCUCAGCGAAUUUAGUUGGUGUUGUGCUGGCUGGGCUUUUGGUGAACUUGCUGGUGAAUCUAGGUCUCAAGUAUGCCAUUAUUACAGGUAUCAUUCUCUUCUUUAUAUCCACUUUCAUGUGGACCAUCCUACGGAAAAUUAAGAAGUCUUUGAGCUCACCAGAUUGAUGUUAAAUUAGCUAUUGAUUUUUUUUAAUCAUGAUUGUAAAUGACAAUCCCUUUGUUACUGUUUUUAAUGGCUAUUUAACUGUAGUUGGUGGGAGGUUAUCUCCAUUAUCUCCUA